CAUCAUAGCUUCGACUUCGACUAUCGUACACGACUGCGCCGCAUGACCUGGCAACUUUGCCACCCAGAUUCUUCAGAGUUGUUGUCCCCUCACUCUGUCUUCGGGUUUCACCGUUUUUCUAUACUAGGCUGAGCACCAUUCUCAUAAUAUGCCCGCGAACAAUAUGCUCGAAUCAGUACCAUUCAGGUUCCUGGACCUCCCAAAGGAGCUACGAUUCAUGGUCUACGAGAACCUCAACAUCUCGAUGAAGCAGCUUCGAUUAGUACUUCUCGAAGAGGGACUUCAAGUUGAGCAACAAAUCACGCCUACCUGUUCAGAUCAGCCAGCCAUCACUGUCACAUUGCAAACCAUCCCAGUCCAGAUCUUCACCACAUGCCACACCGUCUACUCAGAAGCCCUACCAUUCCUCACCCGAAAAUUGGACAAGAUCCGCGAAACCAGCCCAAGGAUCAGUGUAGACUCGGACUGUCUUUACACAAAUACUCGCGAGAAUACGCAGACACUGCUGCGUUCCGUCCUCGAUGAUCUCAACCAACACCCGUUCUUCCAAUCCAAACCUGGCACUGUCAAUCUACAACUCAACGGGGAGGACGCACGACGGCAGUAUCCGCAAGAAGUCCACAGAUGGCUGUCCCAGACAACUCACCUCCUGCUCUCCCAACGCCCACUGCCCUGUCCUUUCUCAGGGUUCAUGGGAACUCGCACCUACCCCACGGUGCGUCUCAUCAUUGAAGUGCCUAAGGCCUGGAAAUACACAGCCUACUGCGGUGUGGCAGUCGGACCACUCAUGCAUGUCGGGACGCCACCGCUGUUUACAGCGAGUGUCGCAACUCAAUUGAUGGAGAUCUGGAAUGAUCUUGCGGGCUACACAGAGCGGCAGAAGCAUGUCAAGAGCGGGGCGAUUGUGUUUGGGCAGGAUGAUGAGAGGAUCAACACGAAGGAUGGAUUAGUGGUGAAGAAGACCGUUGCAAUGGAUUUCGGGCUUUGUAGAGCUUGUGACUAGGGAUAUAUGGUCUUGGUUCUUUGUAGUAUUGAUACCAGAAGAAAUGAAGUCGACCAACUUCAGCCUAACCUUCUGAAUGAUACGAACGUUGAUUCUUACAGAAGCAGUUGAACAGGUCAUAACCCAAACUCGGUGCAGACUCAUCUUUGGGUGGAGAUACAUACCUACCAUUGACCAGUCAGUAUGCACUGAACCGGGAAGUAUCAUCAUCAGCGCCCGAUCAAAAGAAAAGGGCUGGCAGCGAACUACUCUCACUGCGGUCUGUAGUGCUGUGUGCCGGCCGUAUCGCAACCACAAGGCUGAGUACCUCCAGGGACUCAGCCUUACGUUUCCGCUUGCUGCCCUCUUAGACUAAAGAUUGCAGUGUUGCAUGCACUCACAUUUCUCCGACACUCGGGAGGCGCCGUCUACAUACGCACAAUGUAUGGUGUUUUUUUACCACCAUGCAGAGUUGC